AUGAACACACACCCGCAUGCCACGCACUCACAUGCUGCCCAACGCGUCCCGCCCUCUCAACCCUCGCGCGCGAGUUCGACCCCGUCUGCACGCGUCGGCGUCCCCCAGCAUCCUCAGAGGCACCCUGGGCCUACCGCCAACGCGUCGACACCUCGCCAGAGCCCCAGCGAGCACCCGCCCCUGCCAACAAACCUGCCACAUCCGCCUGGAUGCCAGUGUGUGUCCUGCAGCGGCAGCCUGCUUCCGCCAUCUACUUUAUUUCCUCGUCGAGAGGAUGGUCGGAUUGUUCUGCCUCCGCCAUGGCUGGCGACGCGUGCUGUCGCUGCGGUUCCUCCACCGCCACCACCGAAUCCGGGCCACGUGCCUGUGAUGUAUGCCCCGAGCGCCACGGCUGCAACCAGUGUGCCUGUUGCUUCUGCCCAUGACCGUGGUGGCGUUGUGGUGCGCGACGAACGGGCAGGAUCGUGGGGUGUGCAUGUCAAUGUCGACAAGGGUGAAGGAACGUCGAGUGGGCCAGUCGCACAUCGAUUAACCGGACCCGGAGUUGUAGGGCUCCAUGAAUCAUCUCCCUUUGCGCCGCCUCUGCAUCCUGUUUCCGUACGACCAGCAGCGCAGGAGCAAUCGCGUGGUCCAGCACCGCCAGCUGCGCGCGAAAAACGUUCGGGUCGUGCAGGUCGUUCAAAGCGCGCGAAGCACCCCAAGCCGUACGACCUCUCGGAGCGAGCGAAGCCAGCGCCGAUCCUCUCGGGAUUGGAUCAGCCCGAACAUGGUGCGCUCUCUGACAUCAUGGCUCGCCACACAUCGGUCCCGAAAUCCCCAUUUACCUCGUACCACGCGACGAUCCCGCCCUCUAUUAACGUCCAGCACCACCUGGAUCCGUACGAGAGCUCUGCUUUAGAGCGAUUUCCGCAGUAUCUCGAUCCUUCCAGCCAGCCUAGGAUGCGACAUGCCAACGCGUCUAGCUCCUCGACGGCCUUGUCUCAAACUUUAUCUACAAGUUCCGUCGCCGAGCAGAGUUUCACCCAAGGCCCGCAUCCAUCCUUUAAUCCUCACCAUAUGAUACGAUCACCAUAUUCAACUUACUCUAAUAUCAGACCCGAGCAAUUACCGCCAUCACCUGGCCCACCGGCCCCGCCACCGCCUCAUCGCGAGGUCGAAAGCUAUCCGCAGACUUCCAGAACUACCUUAACCCGCCAAAGCCGUAAUUCCCAUACUAAUACACCUACCAUCCCACCUAACACCUUUACUACGAUGGCUGCUCAACCCGCGGCCGCUUCGUCUCCCGGGCCUUCGUCGCAGUACGAAGAGCAGGCGCAGGCCGCUCAGAUCCGCUUCCAGGAUCCCGUCGUCCCAGAGGACCACAUCGCCAGUCCCAUCCGCCAACGCCAGCUCUCCAUCGUGCAAGUCAAGUGGGAGUCGGACCGCAAGCGCAGACAGGGCUAUUUCUCGCAGGAAGAGGGCGCCGAAAAGUCGAACUUUAGGCAUUACAAUAAGGAGCAGUGUGACUAUAAUGGCUAA